CCUCCUGAAGGGGGCAUGAGCAGAGUGACAUCGCGGGUGGGAGCGGGGCGCAUGUCUGCCACCUCCCCCAGCCCACACGGCGGGGAGGGGGGCAGCAACAGGCCCGGGCUAAGCAGGGCAGGGCGGGCGGCUCCUCACGGGCCGUCCCGAACCGCGCCGAGGGGUUGCGGGGCCCGGCCCGGCGGCGUCGCCAUGGCUCGCCCGGGGGACGCCGAAUGGCAGCACGCCGAGAUGGUCUCCAGCGAGCCCCUGCUGCUGCCGGUGUCACUGGAGGGCGAGUUCUCCAGUAGCAUGAAGGAGAUGAUCGGCGGGUGCUGCGUGUGCUCCGACGAGAGGGGCUGGGCCGAGAACCCGCUCGUCUACUGCGACGGGCACGGCUGCAAUGUCGCAGUGCAUCAAGCUUGCUAUGGAAUUGUUCAAGUACCCACUGGACCUUGGUUUUGCAGAAAGUGUGAAUCUCAGGAAAGAGCAGCCAGAGUGAGAUGUGAAUUAUGCCCUCAUAAGGAUGGUGCUUUAAAGAGAACAGAUAAUGGGGGUUGGGCUCAUGUGGUUUGUGCUCUGUACAUUCCCGAGGUGCAGUUUGCAAAUGUUUCUACAAUGGAACCUAUCGUGUUGCAGUCUGUUCCUCAUGAUCGUUAUAAUAAGACCUGCUAUAUUUGUGAUGAGCAAGGCAGAGAAAGUAAAGCAGCCUCUGGUGCUUGCAUGACGUGUAAUAAACAUGGAUGCCGGCAAGCUUUUCACGUAACGUGUGCGCAGUUUGCAGGACUUCUCUGUGAAGAAGAAGGCAAUGGUGCAGAUAAUGUCCAAUACUGUGGCUACUGUAAAUACCAUUUUAGUAAGCUGAAAAAGAGCAAACGGGGAUCUAAUAGGUCAUAUGAUCAAAGUUUAAGUGAUUCUUCCUCUCACUCUCAGGAUAAACAUCAUGAGAAGGAGAAAAAAAAGUUUGGACUGGCACAUAGAAGGUGUGGGAAACUACACAGUGUGGGACAGAAAUACAAAGAGAAAGAUAAACACAAGCAAAAAUACAAGAAGCAGUCGGAGUCUUCGCCAUCCUUGGUUCCAUCUCUUACUGUAACUACAGAGAAAACAUACACAAGCACUAGCAACAACUCCAUGUCAGGCUCCUUGAAGCGGUUGGAAGACACCACAGCUCGAUUUACAAAUGCAAAUUUCCAGGAAGUUUCUACGCACGUUUCAAGUGGAAAAGAUUCUUCAGAGGCUAGAGGGUCAGAGAGCAAAGGGAAGAAAUCUGCAGGUCACAGCUCAGGUCAGAGGGGAAGAAAGCCUGGUGCUGGAAGAAACCCAGGAACAACUGUGACUGCAGCUAGCCCUUUUCAGCAAGGAAGCUUUUUGGGCACUCCUAGCAGCCUAAAGUCAUCUUCUGGAAGUUCAGUUCAGUCUCCCCAGGAUUUUUUGAGUUUUACGGAAACAGAUCUGCGAAAUGAUAGUUUCACUCAUUCUCAACAGACUUCGUCAACCAAAGAUGUACAUAAAGGAGAGACUGGGAGUCAAGAGGGGGCUGUCAAUUGUUUCACUUCCUUAAUUGGUCUCCCUUCAUCAUCAGCUGUUUCCCAAUCUAAAAACUUUGACAGCUCACCUGGAGACAUCGGUAAUUCAAGCCUUACUUCUACAGCAUACAAACGAGCUCAAACUUCUGGAAUAGAAGAAGAAACUGUAUCAGAGAAGAAACGGAAAGGAAAUAAGCAAAGUAAACAUGGGCCUGGUAGACCCAAAGGAAAUAAAAGUCAAGAAAGUAUUUCCCAUCUUUCAGUUUCUUCUGCUUCCCCAACUUCAUCUGUGGCUUCUGCUGCAGGAAGUGUGACGAGCUCUGGUCUUCAAAAAUCUCCAACUUUGCUCAGGAAUGGAAGUUUACAAAGUCUUAGUGUUGGCUCAUCUCCAGUGGGUUCAGGUAUUUUUAGCAGCAAUGAUGUAGCAGUAUCAUUUCCAAAUGCAGUAUCUGGCUCAGGAUCUAGCACUCCCGUUUCCAGUUCUCAUUUACCUCAGCAGGCUUCAGGCCACUUGCAGCAAGUGGGAGCUCUGUCACCUUCAACUGCGCCUUCUAUAACUACUGUUGUUGCUACAACUCAGGCAAACACGCUACCUGGAUCUUCUCUCAGUCUGCCUCCAUCCCACAUGUAUGGCAAUAGGCUGAAUCCCAGUUCAGCCAUGGCAACACUGAUAGCUCAGACUGAAAACAGCCAAGCAGAUCAAGAUCUUGGAGAUAAUAGCCGCAGCCUCGUUGGCAGAGGAGGUUCGCCCAGAGGAAGUCUCUCACCACGAUCCCCUGUAAGCAGCUUGCAGAUUCGCUACGAUCAAUCAGGGAACAACUGCGGGGAAAACUUGCCCCCAGUAGCAGCCAGCAUAGAACAGCUGCUGGAGAGGCAAUGGAGUGAAGGACAGCAGUUUUUGCUAGAACAAGGCACCCCUAGUGAUAUUUUAGGAAUGCUUAAAUCAUUACACCAACUUCAGGUUGAAAAUAGGAGGUUAGAAGAACAGAUAAAGAAUCUGACUGCUAAAAAGGAACGGCUCCAGCUACUCAAUGCACAGCUUUCAGUGCCCUUUCCAACAAUAACUUCAAAUCCUAGCCCUUCUCAUCAAGUACAUGCCUUUCCAGUACAAGCAGCACCUAGCACCGAUUCCUUGAACAGCAGUAAAAGCCCUCAUCUGGGAAACAGUUUUUUACCAGACAAUUCUCUUCCUGUAUUAAAUCAGGAGAUAACCUCCAGCGGACAAAGCACCAGCAGUUCAUCAGCCCUUUCCACUCCACCACCUGCUGGGCAGAGUCCAGCUCAGCAAGGCUCAGGAGUCACGGGAGUUCAACAGGUCAAUGGUGUGACAGUGGGGGCACUAGCUAGUGGUAUGCAGACUGUAACCUCCACCAUUCCUGCAGUGCCUGGUGUGGGUGGAAUAAUUGGAGCACUGCCAGCCAGCCAGCUGGCAAUCAAUGGAAUUGUAGGGGCUUUAAAUGGGGUAAUUCAGACCCCGGCAACAAUAUCACAGAACCCUUCUCCUCUCACUCAUGCAACCGUGCCACCCAAUGCAACGCAUCCUCUGCCAACUACGUUAAAUAACAGUGCCUCGGGACUAGGAUUGCUUCCUGACCAACAGAGACAACUUCUGCUCCAUCAGCAGCACCAGCAAUUCCAGCAAUUACUGAGUACCCAGCAGCUCACAUCCGAACAACAUCAGGCCCUUUUGUAUCAGUUAGUACAGCAACAGCACCACCACCAACACCACCACCAGUCUGAAGUACAGCAACUGCAGAUUACUGGAGGAGCACAGAUACCCAUCAACAACUUACUUUCAGGCACCCAGGCAUCACCACUAAAUGCAGCCUCUACCAACCCAUUCCUUACAAUUCAUGGAGAUAACGCGGCUCAGAAGGUGACAUAUUUUCUCUUACACAGAGGCUCAGUGAUAAAACUGGACCAGUUGCGUCAGAGAAGAGUUGACAUUUGAGUGCUACUUGAGAACUGCACGUCCUGCUGUUAUAGCACUUCAUCUGGCUGCAAACUGCAGUUUUCCUUUCUGCAGAUAUGAAGAAAUGCAACAAGGAACUCUUACUGCACAGGAAAAGGUUAAUUUUCAUACGGAUAUUUUUGGUAGGCUUUGAUUUGCUUUCUUGUUGCACUAAAAUGGAUGUACUUUUUCAUGUUUCAGACUGUGAAGUAGAUAAAAUUCUGCAAACUCUACUUACUUUGUCAGUUUGAUGGUACUAAGUACAAAUUCAACCGCAGAGAAACACAUACCUGACUUUUCAGUACUAAUCUUACAAAGGCUGGUAAACGGUCCCCAGUCACGCAUUAUGUUGAUUUCAGAGCAGUAGUUUAAAAAAAAUCAGACAAAAAAUCAUGCAAAACCCAAA